UAUAUUUCUAGAGUUAGCUCUGUGUUAAAUAAAAAUGGAAAAAUCUAUGGGAAACAAUUUAUGUUUGACAAGAAUGAUGAAACAUGUUGGAAUUCAGAUUGUGGAAGCCCUCAAUGGAUUGUAUUAAAUUAUUAUAAAGAAAUAAAUUUAACAUCAUUAGAAAUUCAAUUCCAAGGAGGUUUUGCUGGACUAAAGUGUCAAAUACAAGCUGGUUCAAAUUUGAAGAAUUUAAACUAUUUUCAAGAUAUUUUUCCAGAAAAUAGUAAUUCUAUACAGUUAUUUAAAUUAAUUUCAGUAAUAAAAGCUAAAAUAUUUAAAUUAGUUUUUCAGAAUAGUACAGAUUUCUUUGGUAGAAUUAUCAUAUAUAAAUUAUUAUUAAAUUAUUCUUAGUUAUCUCAU